CGGUCGGCCAGUCUGCGGGUCACAGGAUCGCGUGGAAGUCUGCUGCAAACUGCACGACGCCGCCCCCGCCGUCCGGAGUCCGGUUCUGCGCGGACGCUGCCGGCGAGCUCCUCCCGCCGCUGCCGCCGCCGCCGCGGUGCCCUCGACCGCGCGCCGCCCGCCUGCUCGCUCUCCCGCCCCUCCGGCCCGGGCGCCAAACGCGGAGGUGGGCAGCCGCACCGACCAUGGACCUCCUGAGCUGAGCAGCCGCAGCGGAGCCCUUCACCCCUCCCCAGCCCCACGCCCUCCGUGCCCUCGCUUCGCGUCGCUCCUCGCCCUGGAAAGGCGGGGAAAGGAGGGGGAUUAACCCGAAAAGAGAAAGAAGGGGGUGGGGAGGGGGGAAGCCCGUAUCUCCCCUGGGGCAAUCGCCCUCCGAAACCGCCGCGAGGCAGAACAUCCGGGGACGACUACCCAUUUUUGCGCCCCCUUUUCGCCAAACCCUAAAAUGAAAGGACAAAAGUUGGCGCUGACUUUUACAGCUCGGAUGGCGACUUGUGCGUUUUCAGCGGCAUCUCCCGGAGAAAAAGCCAUGCGCGCUUGAUUGUUCUGUGGCCCUAAAGCUGCAGUGUGUGUGCGUGUGUGCGCGUGUGCGUUUGUGUGUACACAGACGUCCACACACUCGCGGCCGCAAGAUCAGCGCCUGGAAGCAGACGUUUCGGCCACGGACUUGGAGAGGAGGAGCUGGAGAUCAGGAGGGCGUGAGCCGCCAGGAGUUUGCAGAAUCCUUGGUGUGAAUGAACUGGGGGCACCUGGGCGCAAGGAUCGCCCCCCCUCCCGCCCCAGGCCAGAGUUGAGUAGUGGGGCAUUUUUUUCACCCUCUUCUGAAGAAUUUUUUUUUUUACUAUUUGUUGUAAAGUCUUUUGCACAAUCACGCCCACAUUUGGGGUUGGAAAGCCCUAAUUACCGCCGUCGCUGAUGGACGUUGGAGAGGGAGCGCCUCGCCGCGGAACAGUCGCCUGCGCGCCCUCGUCGGACCCGCGACUCUCUUGUUGCGCGUUGGCCGGGCCCAGUCUCUGCUGCGAUCUAGCGGGCUUCCCCGCUCCCUCUGUUCUUGGGCGCAUCCCGGGGCUGCUCCGACUCGGGACCUCAGACUCGGGCUCCAAAGACCGCUUCGGCCCCUAUUCCCUUCGUCUGUCUGACGCGCCCCGGAGGAGCCAGCAGCUCUGUGCAAGACUGUCCCCCCAGGUUUAACCCAGCCGCUCCGCUCGGAUUCCUCCGCUGCCCUUCCUCCGGUGGCGACUUCCUCUCGGACCCCCUCCCCCUCGCCAUGAAGAAGUCGAUUGGAAUAUUAAGCCCAGGAGUUGCUUUGGGGACGGCUCGAAGUGCAAUGUCUUCCAAGUUCUUCCUAAUGGCUUUGGCCAUAUUUUUCUCCUUCGCCCAGGUUGUAAUAGAAGCCAAUUCUUGGUGGUCCCUAGGUAUGAAUAACCCUGUUCAGAUGUCAGAAGUAUAUAUCAUAGGAGCACAGCCUCUCUGCAGCCAACUGGCAGGACUUUCUCAAGGACAGAAGAAACUAUGUCACUUGUACCAGGACCACAUGCAGUACAUCGGGGAAGGCGCGAAGACAGGCAUCAAAGAAUGCCAGUAUCAAUUCCGACACCGGCGAUGGAACUGCAGCACUGUGGAUAACACCUCCGUGUUUGGCAGGGUUAUGCAGAUAGGCAGCCGAGAGACGGCCUUCACAUACGCGGUGAGCGCCGCGGGGGUGGUCAACGCCAUGAGCCGCGCAUGCCGGGAGGGCGAGCUGUCCACCUGUGGAUGCAGCCGCGCUGCUCGUCCCAAGGACCUGCCCAGGGACUGGCUGUGGGGCGGCUGCGGGGACAACAUCGAGUAUGGAUAUCGCUUUGCCAAGGAGUUCGUGGACGCGCGCGAGCGGGAACGCAUCCACGCCAAAGGCUCCUACGAGAGCGCGCGCAUCCUCAUGAACCUGCACAACAACGAGGCUGGCCGCAGGACGGUGUACAACCUGGCUGAUGUGGCCUGCAAGUGCCACGGGGUGUCCGGCUCCUGUAGCCUCAAGACGUGCUGGUUGCAGCUGGCCGACUUCCGCAAGGUGGGCGACGCCCUGAAAGAGAAGUAUGACAGUGCGGCCGCCAUGCGGCUCAACGGCCGAGGCAAGCUGGUGCAGGUCAACAGCCGCUUCAACUCUCCCACCACGCAGGACCUGGUCUACAUCGACCCCAGCCCGGACUACUGCGUGCGCAAUGAGAGCACGGGCUCGCUGGGCACACAGGGCCGCCUUUGCAACAAGACAUCCGAGGGCAUGGAUGGCUGUGAGCUCAUGUGCUGUGGCCGCGGCUAUGACCAGUUCAAGACUGUGCAGACAGAGCGCUGCCACUGCAAGUUCCACUGGUGCUGCUACGUCAAGUGCAAGAAGUGCACAGAGAUUGUGGACCAGUUCGUGUGCAAAUAGUGGGUGCCCUGCUGCCCGCCUGUCACCCAGCCCCGUUCCCAGGACCCACUUAUUUAUAGAAAGUACAGUGAUUCUGCUUUUUUUAAUAUUGUUUUAUUUUCCCCCAAGAACUGCAACCAGAACCAUUUUCUUCUGUUCCCAUCAAGAACUCUGUGGUUUAUUAUUAAUAUUAUAAUUAUUAUUUGGCAAUAGUGGGGGGUGGGAACCAAGAAAAAUAUUUAUUUCGUGGAUCUUUGAAAAGGUAAGGCAAGACUUCUUCUGAUGGUAUAGGAUGAGGGACAAAUAACACAUACCCUGGCUUAGUUGUGUGCACAUCUAGAAGGUAAAGGAAAUACAUUUUCUUUUUCUCAACCGUGGGGUCAUAUGGGACAAGUAGCAUCCAGUUGGAAGGAGGUGGUCCAAAUCUAUGUCUCUGUGACAAAAAUGAAUUGUAAAUGCUCUGGUGAAAGGUCUUGAGAAACAAACAAAAAAAUGAGAACCCACCCUUUCCCCAGGGGCUAUCGGCCUGAAACAUUUUCAAAAUGGUGAUAUAAAAAUGUAAGAGUGAGAACCUUAUGUCCCUCAGAGAAAUAAAGUGUACCAUGUGUUUCAUGCUUCUCAAGCAUUCCAUGUGCAGAUGGCCCUAUUCUAACAGCUACUGAAACUUGGGGAGUAGGGAGGAAAGCCCCAGAACUUUAAAAAACUUAAAACUCCUAUAUUAAGACAAUGAUUUGAAGCUGUUACUGGAAUUCAGUUAUCAGAUUGGGAAAGCAUCCCCAAAUGACUCUGGGUUGUAGACUUUUUGUUUGGACAGGGGAAGGGGAGGGUGGCUUGACUAUAAAGGAAAAUAUACUGUAAUUUUCUUAGGGAUACUUGGUUAAUAAAUGCUAAUAAUCAAAAUAAUCAACAGAUUCCAUUCACAGACCCUCUGCCCAGACAACAAAGGAAUUGCAUGCAGUUCAGCACUGCGCCAGAGCAGGAAACCUGUUUGAGGGAAAAAGUGAAACCUGCCCUCCCACUUGACCCCAAACCCUGUCCGAUUCCUCCUUGCUGCUGAGGAGGUGAGGCUGGCCAUGAUGCCCAAGCGCAGCUCCACUGGGUCCCCUUUGAUUGCAGGACAGGAAAUGAACCAUUGGGAGCUCCACUUGGAAAACAGUUCACUACUUAGGGAUUUUUUUUCCCUAAAACUUUUAUUUUGGGAAGCUGUAGUUUUAUAUAUUUUAAUGACAUUACUUGGCUAAUGGAGUUCACAGAGGUGUUGCAGUGUCUCACUGUUAUGAUCCUGUGUUGAGACUGUCCACUCAAGCUUUUGCUAUUACACUGCAGGUGAACCCUAAAACUGUUCCUAGUGUACUUGAACAGUUGCAUUUAUAAGGGGUGAGGGUGGGAAUGUGGUUUAAUGGUGCCUGAUAUCUCAAAAGUUUUUUGUACAUAACAUAUAUAUACAUAUAUAUAAAUAUAAAUGUUAUUAUAUCUCAGUGCAGCCAGUGGUUUAGAAUUACACUUCACUCUGGGGUUAUUUCUUGGUCGAGAGCAUUGUUGUCCUUUGUUGCAAUGCAUUGGGAUUUUUCUGAAAGGUUUAUUAGUUGAGCUUGGGCUGUGGCCCUGAUGUGAUGCUACCUUUAGCAUCACAAAACAGCCUUGUUUCUGAGGGAUCUGGAAGGUAUUCCUCCCUGAUAUGCAUGUUGGUUUGAAGAUUAAUUUUAUCUUCCCCUCCCCACCCCCUUUUCUCCAACCUCCAUUUCUGUACAUUUUCCUGAGGGCAUUACUUGAUUGUCAUAAACUUGGAAAUGAAGAGAGAGUCAAAACUUGGAAGCAUGGUCAAUGUUUCUCUUUCCUUAGCUCAUUUUGCAGAGUGCAAACUGGUGCCUAGUAGACCUGGUAGUACCUGUUUGAGUCCCUAAGGAAAAUCUAGUUCAUGACAUAUAGCUAGUCUUUACAUUUUUAAAAACAGGAUACCUCUUUCCAAAAAGUGCCAUCAAAUGUGUUUUUAUAUCUGACUUACAUGAUUUUAAAAGUUUGGAAAGAUACACAUCUGCAACCUUCAUAGGCUUGGUAGCCUUCACAUCACCUCAGCCAUCGGUGGCUCUUAAUUUAUUGCACAAGGAUAGUCACUUCCCCUCAGUUGCAGUGAAUUGCAAGCAAAAAAAAAAAAGCACUAAUUAGUUUAAAAUGUCACUUUUUUGGUUUUUAUUAUACAAAAACCAUGAAGUUUUUUAUUUGCUAAACCAGAUUUUGUUCCUUUUUAGUGAUUCAUGUUUAUGAAGAGAGUUGAGUUUAACAAUCCUAGUUUUUAAAAGAAACUAUUUAAUGUAAAAUAUUCUACUUGUCACUCAGAUAUUAUGUAUAUCUUCUAUGGCCUUUAUUCUGUACUUUUAAUGUACAUAUUCCUGUCUUGCGUGACUUGUAUAUUUCACUGGUUAAAAAAACAAACAUCAAAAGGCUUAUGCCAAAUGGAAGAUAGAAUAUAAAAUAAAACGUUACUUGUAUAUUGGUAAGUGGUUUCAAUUGUUGUUCAGAUGAUUCAUGUGGAGAUUUUUUAAGAAGCUAUGAGGGAGAGUUUAGGGUGACUACAUGUCCAAAUAACAGAAAAGCAGAGAAUUUUUACCAAAAAGCAAACUAUUUGGAAGCUUCAAAAGAUUUCUAUAUGUAACAGAACAAAAGGGGAACUCUCUUUUCCUAUAUAUGUUCCUCAAAAAAAGAAAUCAAGCAGAUGGCUCAAAGCUGGUUAUAGGAUUGCUCACAUUCUUUUAGCAUUAUGCAUGUAACUUAAUUGUUUUAGAGCGCGUUGCUGUUGUAACAUCUCAGAGAAGAACUGAAAAGGCACAUGCUUUUAUCCAUGACCAGAGCUUUAGUCCAAAAAAAUGUAUUUGUGUUUACCACUGCAACUAUUGCACCUCUCUAUUUGAAGUUACUGUGGACUGAGUGUCUCUGUACCCCUUUGAAAGUUAUUUGAUGAAAAGCAAGCUUCAAUCUGCAAAGAAUGAAAACUCAUUGGAAACUGAAGGCUCGUUGUGUUAAAUGCAAUUGAUAUGGGUUCUUGUGCUUUCUGAAAGUGUACACCGAAAUCUGGCCAGUGUUGCCCAGAUUGAUAGGUUAGCCCUUUGCUUUUUUUCUUUUCGGAUAACCUUGUAACAUAUUGAAACCUUUUAAGGAUGACAAGAAUGCAUUAUUCCACAAAAAAACAGUAGACCAACAUAUAGAGUGUUUAAAAUAGCAUUUCUGGGCAAAUUCAAACGCUUGUGGUUCUAGGACUCACAUCUGUUUCAGUUUUUCCUCAGUUGUAUAUUGACCAGUGUUCUUUAUUGCAGAAACAUAUACUUGAUUUAGGAGUGUCAGCAUAUUUUUUCUUUGCAAUGUGGAAUGCAUUCAAGAUCUUCCCAAUACAGGAAAAUUAACAAAAAUUUAUAUAUUAGGUAGCAGCAAGCAGAGGCAUGUUUAAAAUAGUCAUUAUGGGCUCAAGUAAAAGGAAGACUGUUUUGAGUUUUAGUCCAGUUUAUCUGUUCAGCUGCUGACCUCCUGAGUGUAUAUGUCUUAGUAGCCUACCCAUACCCCUCGCUCAGAUGAUUUUGCCAAUGCUAAGUUUCAAUUUGUUUUUGCAAAAUAUUAUGCAAGCCACUGGGAUUAUCAAAUGUGACACUCUAGCAGGCUAAGUCCUCCAAAUACGAGACUGGUAUUGGCUGACUCCAAGAGAUCAUUAGCAAAAACAGUCUGUAAAGGCUGAGUGGUCCAUAAUGUAAGUGAGGAGAGAUAGAUAAAAACAGUAGUUGUAACUUGAAGCAUGUCUGUAAUGCAGAUACGCACCAAGGCAUAGGUCUAAAAUACUGCAUUAUCACUGUAAAGGGUACUUUUAAAAUAUUUAUUUUUUUAGAAAGUAUUUUUUAGUCUCCCCUCUCUAUGAAAUGGUGAAAAACAUGCCGGGUUUUGAAAGUAAGAUGAUGAAAUGAGUUUUUAAAACAGGAAACAUUCACCAAUGCAGGAAUUAAAACAGUAAAAGAAUCUUCUAUUUACCUGUUCAUACAAACUUUACACUUAAAUCGAUGAUUGGGUGAUGCUUUAUUUUAAUGAAACAUCAUCUUGUUAGCCAACUUUUAAAAAAAUGGAUGUAGGAUGAUUAAAGCUUGGUAUGAUUUUUUAAAAAACAAAUGUAUCAAUUUGAAUUGAGAAGAUUUAAUUAAAAUACUGUCUCAGUAUUUCAAAAGCAAAAAAACAAUGAGGAAAAUUGCAUCUUAGACUGGUUUUAUAUGCAGUGUACAAUUUGCUGGGCUAGAGAUGAGAUAAAGAUUAUUUAUUUUUGUUCAUACCUUGUACUUUUCUAUUAAAAUCCUUUUAUGAAA